AUGAGGGAAAUUGUUCACAUUCAGGCAGGACAAUGCGGCAACCAGAUUGGUGCCAAGUUCUGGGAAAUCAUCUCAGAUGAGCAUGGCAUUGACCCCACUGGCUCAUACCACGGUGAUUCUGAUCUUCAGCUUGAAAGAAUCAAUGUUUACUAUAACGAAGCGUCAGGUGGAAAGUAUGUACCUAGAGCAAUUUUGGUUGAUCUGGAACCCGGGACCAUGGAUUCAGUACGUUCAGGACCUUUUGGACAAAUCUUUCGACCUGACAACUUCGUUUUUGGCCAGUCAGGUGCAGGAAACAACUGGGCUAAAGGCCAUUACACAGAAGGAGCUGAACUCGUUGAUUCGGUUCUUGAUGUGGUUCGCAAAGAGGCUGAAUCAUGUGAUUGUCUUCAGGGUUUUCAACUGACUCAUUCCCUUGGAGGUGGCACUGGUUCUGGAAUGGGAACCCUGUUAAUUUCCAAAAUUCGUGAAGAGUAUCCUGACAGAAUCAUGAAUACUUAUUCAGUUGUACCAUCACCCAAGGUUUCCGAUACUGUUGUUGAACCUUAUAACGCUACUCUGUCAGUUCACCAGCUUGUUGAAAAUACAGACGAAACUUAUUGUAUCGAUAAUGAAGCUCUCUAUGACAUCUGCUUCAGAACUUUGAAGCUUUCUACUCCUACUUACGGAGAUCUCAACCAUCUUGUAUCUCUUACGAUGUCCGGUGUCACAACUUGCCUUAGGUUCCCUGGACAAUUAAAUGCAGAUCUUAGGAAACUUGCAGUUAACAUGGUUCCCUUCCCCCGACUUCAUUUCUUUAUGCCAGGGUUUGCUCCUCUUACUUCCCGGGGAUCACAACAAUAUAGGGCUUUGACUGUUCCUGAACUGACACAACAAAUGUUUGAUGCCAAAAAUAUGAUGGCUGCAUGUGAUCCUAGGCAUGGCCGUUAUCUUACUGUGGCAGCCAUUUUCAGAGGACGAAUGUCAAUGAAGGAAGUUGAUGAACAAAUGUUAAAUAUUCAAAAUAAGAAUUCCUCAUACUUCGUUGAAUGGAUUCCAAACAAUGUUAAGACUGCUGUUUGUGACAUCCCGCCAAGGGGUCUUAAAAUGUCUGCAACAUUUAUUGGCAACUCUACCGCUAUUCAAGAGCUGUUUAAGAGAAUAUCAGAACAAUUUACUGCUAUGUUCAGGAGAAAAGCUUUCUUGCAUUGGUAUACUGGUGAAGGAAUGGAUGAAAUGGAAUUUACUGAAGCUGAAUCUAAUAUGAAUGAUUUGGUUUCUGAAUACCAACAAUAUCAGGAAGCCACUGCUGAUGAAGAUGCUGAAUUUGAUGAAGAACAAGAACAAGAAGUUGAUGAUGCUUAA